AUGCUAUUUCUUAGCUUAUUGCAAGAUAAUCAUGCCACAGAUUGGCACAGUUCCUUCGGAAAUAACUUUCUUCGUAGAAGCCGCGAGACAGUUUUGUGGAGUGUGGGCGUGCGCGGGCGUAGCAGUGGUCCGCUGCUGGUGCUGGAGCCGCCCUCUCGAACCUAUCUCACUAACUCGACGGGCGUGAAACUGCGAUGCGCUGCUCUGGGCUCUCCCACGCCCACCAUUACCUGGACAGGCGCGUCGGGUGAGGCGGUGCAGAGCCAGCCAGGCCUCAGGGAGGUGUUGCCUGACGGGUCGCUGUGGUUGCCUGGUGUUGCAGGCAGCGGCCGUGUACCUCGUUCCAUGUACCGCUGCAAGGCUACCAACCACAUUGGCACAGUGAUCAGCAGGGCUACCACUCUCACCACUGUGGUGCCUUCGGAAGUGUCUGUGCGAGCGGAGGCUUCCAGAGUGGGCGUGGGCGGUGUUGGUGUUGUCAGGUGCCAAGUGGGUGGGCCUGUGUCAGGAGGGUGGACGGUGGCAUCCUGGCUCCUCCAGGAGACGCCCUCCGCCACGCCUCUGCCAAUACCAGACGCUGGACGCGGAGGUUUUUCACACUAUACUAAGCCUUUCGUUUCCUUUGGAAUUGAUUUCCUGGUGCAGGUUUAG